AUGAAAUUGAAACGAACUAAAGCUACAAACAUUAUUACAAAUGUAAUUGCGCCUGUGGAAAAAGAAAUGUUAAGUCUAAAAUUGAAUAAGAGUAAAUUUUCAAUUAUGAUUGAUGAGUCAACUGAUGUUGCUUGCAUAUCUACUAUGUGUGUAAGGUUUUUUGAUACAGAGUCCAAGAUCAUUGUUACAAGGUUUUGGGACUUAGUACAGGUCUUUGAUGUAAAAGAACCAGAGACAGUUAAUAAAGGAGCAACUUCGGAAAAUCUGUUUAAUAAAUGUAUUCAGUCAUUUGAAACUCAUAAUGUUGAUGUAAAAAACAUUGUUGGAUUUGGUUCUGAUGGCUGUUCGACAAUUAUAGGGUCUAAAAAUUCUGUUUCAAGCCGACUGAAAAUCACAUUCCCGAGAAUCUUCAUAAUGAAAUGUAUUUGUCAUUCUCUUCAUUUAUGCUGCAGUGAAGCAUGCAAGUCCUUGCCCCGAAGAAUUGAAGAUUUUGCUCGGAAUGUGUUUAAUUUUUUCAGCCACAGUAGUAAGCGACAGAGCCAAUAUAUAGAAUUUCAAAAUUUUUCAAUAUUUCUGUACAUAAAUUGCUGCACCCAUCUCAGACGAGGUGGUUGUCGCUAUUUGCUGUUGUCCAGCGUAUUUUGGAACAGCGGAUGGCUUUACAUUCAUAUUUUAAUAAAAAGUGGUUUUCAGAAAUACUUGUUGCAGCAGAAAAUAUUUAUACCCAGCUGA